AUGCCUCCUGCUGACCCUGUGAUGCCACCCACCAAGCCAACUGGAUACGGCAGCGGCAUGCCACCGGCUGAUCCUGUAAUGCCACCCACUAAGCCUCCUGGAUACGGUGGCAGCGUGCCUCCUCCCGGACCGCCUCCUCAGCCAUCGAUGCCACCGAAGUCGCCAGUCUCCCCGCCUCCUAUGACACCACCAACCUACGGCAUGCCUCCUGCCGACCCUGUGAUGCCACCUACCAAGCCAACUGGAUACGGCAGCGGCAUGCCUCCUACUGAUCCUGUGAUGCCACCCACCAAGCCAACUGGAUACGGCAGCGGUAUGCCUCCUGCUGAUCCUGUGAUGCCACCGACGAAGCCAGGAUAUGGCAGCGGAGGCAUUGGUGGUCCAGUACCCGGUCCCGUCGGUCCUCAACAAUUUCCACCAUGGGGCGGUUCAGGUAGCUCAAGCGACCACACUAUCACCGAGAGCGAUCUCCUCCCACAUGGCUACGGUAGCAGCUUGUCCCCUCCAUCACCAUUUGUACCAGAUGGCUACGGUACCGGCUUGGUACCGUCGACCCCGUCGACCCCAACCGGAUUCCCCGGAGCCGAUUUCCCUCCACCACCCGGUUUCCCAGGUCUGAUCUUCGAUGUCGACACCGAUGACGAAUCCCAGUCGCAGGAUCCAUUCAACCCGUUCGCGCCUAACUCGAGCCCCUUGGGCCCUGGUGACAUGUUCGCAGGAGCCAAGGACGACGAAGCGGACCACAACCCCAUGGGCGGAGUAGUGGGCAGUUUCAUCCCCAAGCGAGCUUUCGAAUUCACUGCAUAAAAGAGAGGACACACUUCUCGCCCUCUCCCUCUCUAUCUCUCUCUUCUACUACGACGAACAGGUGAACAGGAAGUCUGAAGAAAAAAAACCCCCCACGAUUCAUGAUCCGACUGUGCGAAAACCCUGGCCCUCUCUUCUAUAUCUCUUAGCGUAAUGUCCUUUUGAAGUCUUUUGGGGGGAAUGGAAAGGAGAGGAAGUGAGGUGGUAGUAGUGGAAAGAGAGGACGGGAGGGUGUAAAGAUGUUUCCUUUUUUUUUACUUGGCACAUGGUUACUAUCAACUUGAGGUUAAUGUUAAUCAUUUUGUUGUCUUGAGAUUGCAGGACAUGCACAACGCAUUGUGUGUGUACUCCCUCUUCGUCCAGCAACGGGCGAGGCACAAUACCAAGCCUUUUGUUGUCGCUUUUCACACUUUUCCCCCGUCGUCUGAUUUGAUCUCACUUUUUCUCGUACACCAUGUUGCUAGCAGUGCUUUUUGCUCGCAUCGCUGGCUGACGGGACUGACUUGUGACUGCAGCUCUUGGCGGACCACCAACUAGUGCGAGGAAUGCUGCAGAUUGUCAACCGAUCCUGUCACACACUCUCUUAUCUCUAACGCAGGCCAAGUCUAGGGGCAGGAGGAAGCUGUAGUGUCUGAUCACGAGUGUCUCCGUGACGUUCCUUUGCAGCCGUCUCGCUGGCCUUGGUCGAACACUAGCGUCGCCAUGGACAGAUAUCCGGACCACUACUAUUGUCUCGGUGAGCGAACGAGGAGAUUGCAACACGCGCUACGGAUCAUCCGCAUUUCGAUGAUGGCCACCUGACUCUGGACGAAGCUGGUCGUUGCAGGCCUUCUCGUAGUCCAUCAUGUGUGCAUCGGUAUCCCAGCUCCAGUCUGUAGUGUGUCCCCGCUCUUGAACCGUUGACCUGCCGGGCCUCCUGCAUGCAGUCUCUUGUCCGAAUAUCACCGCUUAUUCCUGUCGUCACCAGGUCUCCACACCCCAAGCAAGGGCGGCGGUGCCCAGAAGCACGAGACUGCUUCCCAAGUUCAACAUAUUCCACUUCCUCAAGAACUGGACCGUAUUGCGUUUCUCGGCUUCUCGAUCAAUGGGCGCAUCUUCAUACGGCUCCACAGGCUCUGCAUCUCCCGCAACUCGGAGCACCUUUAAUGCCAGAGGAGCCAUGAACCACGCUUUCAGAAUGUCCACACCCACCAAGACGGCACCCGCAGCCGCCCAGCUCUUUCCCAUCACAGUUCCUCGAGCACGAUAGGCGAGCAUGCCAUAGGAGGCGACGGCGAUGGUCUCGAGGGGGACGUUGUAGGCAGUGCUCAGCGAGUGAAGGCGCGCAAACUGGCACGCAACAGCUUUGUAGGUGCCCGAGCUGCCCAAAUGUAGCGCAAAGUCGAAGGCCCUGUGGGAUGUCUGCGGAGUCAGUCUCCCCGACUCCAUGGGCGUUUGUGGGACGCUGAGGGUGGGAGUUUUGGUGCCCGAACUUGAUGAUGGUGGUCCAUUGGAGGAAACGGAGGUGACGGGUCGAAGGAGGGCUGGGACGAAGAAGAUGGAGGUCGACAGGCCGUGCAGACCGAGGAGUAUAGUCGAAGUGCAGGCGAGCGGUUGCAAGUAUAGGCCCAGGUUGGGGUGGGAGGAUGUCAUGGUGGAGGUAGGAAUAUGGGUUGUUUCUCAAGGAAUGAAGAGUGAGAAAGGGGAGAUGUGGAGGUGAGGUAGUUAUA